CAAUUGGCAAAGUGAGAAUUACAAUUUGGGAAUCGACGAAGUGAAAGGGAAAGAAGAGGCGUGACCUGAGAUCAAACUGAAACAGUGACACCAUGUGGCGGAGGCUUCUCUCUUCUCACCUCAAAACCCUAACUGUCGCUGCUUCGUCUUCUUCCACUUCCCGAUCUGCUUCCGCCGCCGCCAGAUUCGCCGUUCUUCCUCGCUUCUCCCGCUACCUCUCAACCCAAUCCGGUACUCUUUCCUUAUGCAUCUUCCGUUUCUUAUUGUCUGAUUCACUCAUGUUGCUUCUUCUUCUUCUCACAGAGGACUCUACUUCCAUCAAAAAGAAGGUUGAGGAUGUAAUGCCUAUCGCUACUGGCCACGAGCGCGAGGAGCUUCAGGCUGAGCUUGAGGGAAGGGAUAUUCUUGAAAUAAACCACCCCGUAGGUCCCUUCGGCACAAAGGAAGCACCUGCUAUUGUUAAAUCUUACUAUGAUAAAAGGAUUGUCGGAUGCCCAGGAGGUGAAGGCGAGGAUGAGCACGAUGUUGUCUGGUUCUGGCUGGAGAAAGGCAAGCCUCACGAAUGUCCAGUGUGUGCACAGUAUUUUGUGCUUGAAGUGGUAGGACCUGGUGGACCACCUGAUGGACAUGGCGAUGAUGAUCAUCAUUGAUUGCAUACUUCAAUUUUCCUUCUGGAAUAAAUUCUGGAAAGAUGAAGAGACAUUGUCUAGCAUACACUCUGGCCUUUCAAAAUCCUGUGGCCUAUGUUUGGUUUUGAUUUGUCUAUACCUUGUGAUGUCGCAACUUUUGAGAUAGAAAGUUUCUGUGAUUACGCAGGAUGCUCAUUUGCUUGAGCUAUCAAUUCUGUUAGAUUAUGUUUUGUGCGUUGCAAAAUAAUUGAUAGAACUUGAUGAUUCUUUAACUCGGUUUGAAUUUCU